GUUUUUGUUGCUUCUACCCUUAUGGAAAAUGGGGGUGUUCCUCCUUCAGCAACUCCAGAAAACCUUCUCAAAGAGGCUAUUCAUGUAAUUAGUUGUGGUUAUGAGGAUAAGUCAGAUUGGGGAAUGGAGAUUGGAUGGAUCUAUGGUUCUGUGACAGAAGAUAUUUUGACUGGGUUCAAAAUGCACGCCCGUGGAUGGCGAUCCAUUUACUGUAUGCCAAAGCUUCCGGCUUUCAAGGGGUCUGCUCCUAUCAAUCUUUCAGACCGUCUGAACCAAGUGCUGAGGUGGGCUUUAGGUUCAGUUGAGAUUCUCUUCAGUCGGCAUUGUCCUAUAUGGUAUGGUUACAAUGGGAGGCUGAAAUUUCUUGAGAGGUUUGCAUAUGUGAACACAACCAUCUACCCAAUCACCUCCAUUCCUCUUCUCUUGUAUUGCACAUUGCCUGCAGUUUGUCUCUUCACCAACCAGUUUAUUAUUCCUCAGAUUAGUAACAUUGCAAGUAUAUGGUUUCUGUCACUCUUUCUCUCCAUUUUUGCCACGGGUAUCCUAGAAAUGAGGUGGAGUGGUGUAGGCAUAGACGAAUGGUGGAGAAACGAGCAGUUUUGGGUCAUUGGUGGAGUAUCUGCUCACUUAUUCGCCGUGGUUCAAGGUCUCCUCAAAGUCCUUGCCGGUAUUGACACAAACUUCACAGUCACCUCAAAAGCUUCAGAUGAAGACGGAGACUUUGCCGAGCUCUACCUGUUCAAAUGGACAACGCUUCUGAUUCCACCAACAACGCUGCUCAUUGUGAACCUCGUGGGAGUUGUUGCAGGAGUCUCUUAUGCUAUCAACAGUGGAUACCAAUCAUGGGGACCACUCUUUGGUAAGUUGUUCUUUGCCUUCUGGGUGAUUGUUCACUUGUACCCUUUCCUCAAGGGUUUGAUGGGUCGUCAGAACCGGACUCCUACCAUUGUUGUGGUCUGGUCUGUUCUCUUGGCUUCCAUCUUCUCGCUGUUGUGGGUUAGGAUUGACCCCUUCACUAGCCGAGUCACUGGCCCGGACAUUCUGGAAUGUGGAAUCAACUGCUGAGAAGUGAGCAAAUAUUUACCUGUUUUGAGUAAAAAAAAACAGAAUUUAAAUUA